UGCAUCCGACAGUUCUAAAAAAUUUUAAGCAUACGAUUAGGAAACAAAUUGCGCAUGUAAAUAUGUUUCAUGGUGAAAAAGAAUUGUACAAGAAGGAAAACGUAUAAUAUAGGAAAAUUUCAGAGAUGGGCAUUCAAAACUCAAAACGGCAAGAUGUGGGUGACGACAUAAUAUCGCAAAAGUCUUUGGACGCAGUGAAGGGACUUAUACAUUUUCUAAAAAAACAUGCUAGAGUAGAAGGAUUGUUUCGUCGGGCAGGACGUCGCAAGCUUCGACGGCAUAUCCUGAAUUCUCUGAAAAAAGGACAUAAGCCGCAUUUCGAAGAUUCGAACAAUUCAGCUUUGGAAUGUGCGGCAGCCUUACAAAUUUUCCUUAGCCGUCUUAAGAAACCUAUUAUGCCGCAGCAUGUGCAAGAAUUGAUUCUCGCUGAUAACCCAGGUGUAGAAGCACAAGUUAUCGCACAGGAUGCUUUAGGACUUAUUAAACAGGACGUCGGCGGUCGCCACGGUGAGCUUCUGAACGAUAUUUUGGAUCUCUUGAGACACUUGACGCUAUCGGGACCAUCUUCGGAGUGUUCCGAAUUACGAGGAUCACCUUUACCUAUUGUUCUUCUACCGGUGUUUUUUAAUUUAUCGUCCGGUGAUUUGAUAAAAUGGAAACAGGUUGCGGCCAGAUUCAGCGAAUUAAUUACGGAAGCCGCUGAACAAUUUCACCGGAACGAACAACAUGCCACUCAUACGGAAACUACAUUAAAUUCGACAAGUGUUGCGGACGUAGCUUCAACAUCUUUAGAAGAGUCUGAACAAUUAACGAGGUUGCAGGAACUUUCUUUACUGUACCCUAUCAUCCGAUUUACAGACCAUUAUAACGCUUGUAAGAUAAAUAUCGUUUAAUAAUUUAGGCCACGUUGGCGAAAUGGCACGUAUUCUUAUUACACCGUUGCAACAUCCAACAUCGGUUAGCAGAUUACAUCCGGCACUUAUUAAUUCUAAUUAGAUAUCAAUUAUUGAGCAAAUGUAUAAAUUUUUGGUGUAAAUCAUUGU